UUGUCUGCCAUAGAACAUAGCUAUUACCAUCUUUCUUAUCCACGAAAUCCCUCACGUAUCCUUUACUCUAUCUAUUGUUAUUCUGUUUUACAUUUCUUUUCUAUAUCCCAUAAUAAGCUACCUAAAAAAGGAACAGCUUAAUCAGAAAAAUUGCAGGAGAAACACUAACAUAAACCAAUUCCUAAGCAGUGCCAACAAUAAGUAGAGAAAUGCUACAACACCCAAGAGUACUGCGAAGUUCCCCUCAACCAUUCAACCCUUCAUCCCAUACAUCAACACCAUCACAUUCAUCAUUCCAACAAUUACCAACUACACCACAUUUUCCAAACCUCAAACAGCAAUGCAGAUUGUCACGUAGAGAGCUCGCAAUCUACAGCAACACUUGCUUGCUGCUUCUUUUGGGCAGUGGAUCCAGAGCAAGAGCAGCAGAAGAUGUUACCAACAGUGACAAACUAGGAGAGGAUUUGACUAAAACUCCCAGCUGCACUGAAAGAAAACCAACAAAACAAGUUUUCUUUGACGUAUCCAUUGAUCGGGAACCAGUUGGUCGCGUUACUAUAGAGCUUUAUGGAGAUGAUGUCCCUGCAGGAGUUGAGAGGUUUAGCAAGAUUGUCAGUGGAGCUGCUGGUAUAAGCUACAGAAGGAAAGAGUUCGUCAAAAUCAUGCCAAAUUACGUCCAACAUGGCGGACUUAGAUCCUACGGGGUGGAUGCAGAGCUUGCUAACAAAACAGGGAGUAAUUUGGCUACUGAAAAACUUGUUGAGGAAUGGGAGAGUGUGUACGAGAAAUGCCCUGGGACUAAAAAUGUGGCUGGUAGUGUAGGAAUCAUUGUGAGAGAUCCAUCAAAGCCACCUCCUAAGUUUAAACUGGUUGCAAGACUAGGGAAGCUAGAGAUUGAUCAAGAAGAAGUUGGAACCGAUCCUAAUGGGACAGAAUUUGUCAUUGCAACAAAGGAUUCGCCAGAACUAGAUGCUUCAACUCUGGUAAUUGGAAGGGUGGUAGGAGGAAUGGAGUUUGUACAGAAGAUUAGUCAGGUAAAAACUGUACAAGAGAACACGAGCUCUCCAUAUUUUAGGGUGGCGAAGCUUAUAGGAGACAAGAGGGCUGUUGUUGCAGAAAGAGGAUUCAACCGCCCAUAUUCCAAAGUUGUCAUUACAAACUGCGGUGUAAUACAGUAGUACAAAAUUGUAUUUCACUCUCUUCUCUAGUUGAAUUUGAGUGUAAGAGAACACAUCAAGCACAUAAUAUGACAAUCAAUAUCUAUCGUUAUCCAACUCUAUUUGCCGUCUGCCACUUGAUUGUAAAUGGGGAAAAACAUAUUACAGCUCA